AUGCGUUUAUUUUUGACUUUGUGUUCCUUGGCUGCUGUGGCUUUGGCUAAGCCCCAAUAUAACUAUGGCACUGGGGUGUCUGGUACCUUUGGCAGCUCGGGUGGAAAUUUGGGCGCCAUUGCUGGUGGUAAUUUUGGUACCAGCUCCAUUAGUCGUGCUCCUACUCCUGGCUCAGCAGCCAUAAGUGGUGGAAGUUCCUCCUUUGGUUCGUUGGGAGGUGGUUCCAGCUUUGGUUCCACUACUCAUGGCAGUGGCUCCAGCUUCAGCUCUGGCCCCUCCUUCAGUUCUGGUAGUACAUUUGGUAGCAGUGGUGGCUCGAACUUUGGUAGCUCCAACUUUGGUUCCAGUGGUGUAUCGAACUUUGGCUCCAGCUCUUCUGUUUCUGGUGGUCAUGCCGGUUUCGAGGCUCCCUUGGUGCACAAACAAUUCAUCACUGUCUCAGCUCCCGAGGAUAAUGAACGCUUGGAAAUGACCAAACAUUUGGUUAUUGGUCGUCCACAAAAAAAUUAUCGUGUCGUGUUCAUUAAGGCUCCCUCAUCCAGCAAUGCCAAUGUUAAAUUGUCGGCCGAAUAUGCCCCACAAGAAGAAAAGACUGUCAUUUAUGUUCUAUCGAAGAACGAUAACAAUUUGGAAGUUAGUGAUAUUGCCACCCCAGCACCCACUGUACCCAGCAAACCUGAAAUCUUCUUCAUUAAAUACAAGACCGAAGAAGAGGCUCAACAUGCCCAAAGACAGAUUCAAGCUGAAUACGACAAAAUCGAAGGCAGUUCCGAACACACUGAUGCCGGCAUCGCCCCCCAACAAUCCGUUGUUGGUAUUUUGGGUGAUAGUGGCAAUGCUGGCAGCGGCAGCACUGGUGGUAGCAUUGGCUCCUUUGGUACCACUACCUCUACUGGUGGUUCUUUCGGUAGCAGUGGUCUUUCAUCCACAGGCAGCAUUGGUUUUGGCACCACUGGCUCUGUUGGCAGCACCACCGGCAACAAGGCUUCAGCCUACCUGCCACCCACUACAACUGUUUAA